AGUCAUUUGACAGUGCUGUUAAUUUUUGAACUAUCGCUGUUUUGGUUAGAUUAUUGUUUAUCAUGGCUAGAACGCUAGCAAGAAUAAUUAAGACUACAAAAGCAUCAUUAGGUGUUCCUAGCCCGAUCGCGAUCGUCAAUCAUUUAUCAGUACGAUUCCAGCAGACGACGGGGAAAACACAGGGUGGACCGCUUUCUGACAGUGACAGAAUUUAUACGAAUUUGUAUGGCAGGCACGACUGGCGACUUGCAGGUGCCUUAAGUCGGGGUGAUUGGUACUUGACUAAAGAGAUCAUCUGUAAAGGCUCUGACUGGAUUAUCAAUGAAAUGAAGACUUCAGGCCUUCGAGGUCGUGGUGGUGCGGGUUUUCCCACUGGCAUGAAGUGGUCCUUCAUGAACAAGCCAUCUGAUGGUCGUCCCAAAUACCUCGUAAUCAAUGCCGAUGAGGGUGAGCCUGGCACGUGCAAAGACAGAGAGAUCAUGCGCCAUGACCCCCAUAAGCUCAUUGAAGGGGCUUUGCUCGCUGGUGCUGCUAUAGGCGCUCAUGCUGCCUAUAUUUAUAUAAGAGGAGAGUUUUACAAUGAAGCUAACAUUCUUCAGAUGGCGAUUGCUGAGGCCUACCAAGCGGGUCUCAUUGGUAAGAACGCCUGCAACUCUGGUUUUGACUACGACGUAUUUGUGCACCGCGGCGCUGGUGCAUAUGUCUGCGGCGAGGAGACUGCUCUCAUCGAGUCCAUAGAGGGCAAGCAGGGUAAACCAAGGCUGAAGCCACCCUUCCCAGCAGACGUUGGUCUUUUUGGGUGCCCUACUACCGUGAACAAUGUGGAAACUAUUUCUUCGUCACCAACGAUCCUCCGACGCGGUGGGGCCUGGUAUGCGUCAUUCGGUCGACCACGUAACCAUGGCACCAAGCUAUUUAACAUCUCAGGACACGUGUGCACGCCAUGCACCGUCGAGGAGGAGAUGAGCAUCCCGCUCAGAGACUUGAUCGAAAUACACGCCGGCGGUGUUUUGGGGGGAUGGGAUAACCUGUUGGCGGUUAUUCCUGGAGGAUCAUCUUGUCCGCUUUUACCUAAACACAUAUGUGAAACAGUACUUAUGGACUAUGACGCCUUAAUGGCGGUGAAUUCCUCUUUCGGCACAGCAGCGAUGAUAGUUAUGAACCAGCAGACCGACAUAGUGAAAGCCAUUGAUCGGCUGCUCACGUUCUAUGCGCAUGAGUCUUGUGGCCAGUGCACGCCUUGCCGCGAAGGUGUAGGCUGGAUGAAGAAAAUUAUCCAAAGACUUGUCUGCGGGAAUGCUGCCUUGAAAGAAAUCGACAUGCUGUGGGAAAUGUCUAAGCAAAUUGAAGGUCACACGAUCUGUGCACUAGCUGAUGGAGCUGCCUGGCCGAUCCAGGGCCUCAUCCGCCACUUCAGACCUGAACUGGAGCGCCGUAUUCAUGAGUAUGCCUGCUGCUUCGGCCCAAGCAAAGCUGAGCGCUGUUUCUAAUAAUGUCUAUAAAAAUCAUCAA